CAUCUAUCGUCCAAAUCAAGUUUUGUUUAAGCAGCCAUUUUUAUGUCAAAUGAAGCAAGCGAGCAUUGCUAAUAUUAGCUUGGCAAUAAGCACGAGACGACGCCACCAAAGGACACUCGUGACGGCAAAGAAAAAAGAAAACGAACACGGUUGUUCGGUACAAGAUGGCCCACGGGACAUUUUGUCAGAAGAGUUCAAAAAUGCGAAGAACGUUCACUGCAACGGUUUUAUGUAAAGAGACACACCUCCCAGGCAGUCGUCUCCCUCUACAAGUAAAUGGAGGAGCAGGAGGCGGAGCGAAAGAAGUGACCCCUUUUUGAUGGCACGUGUGCGCGGCUCUCGCAAGGAAGGGAUGCUCGGGAUGACCGGCCGGAGCUCAGCACGUGAGGUGUGCGCGCUGCUCCUCUUCUUCGCCGCGCUUCACACCUCAACAGCAGUCAAUCCCAUCGAUGUGCUGAAGGUCCUGGAGCUGUCGGAGGACAUGGAGGGCGUGUCAUUGGAGGCGGGGCUGUGCACGAGCAGGAUGGGCCGAGAAGAGACAGACCUCUCCUUUAAGAUCAACAAGAUCCAACUGAGCGCCCCCACCAAGCAGCUGUUCCCUGAUUCUCAAUUCCCCGUGGACUUCUCACUGAUGACAACAGUUCGGGCCAUGAAGGACUCGCAGGUCUUUCUGCUCUCCCUUUACGACCCACAGGGUACGCAGCAGCUGGGCUUGGAGAUCGGACGCUCUCCUGUGUUUUUGUACGAGGACCACGAGGGUCAGCCCGCCCCAGAACUGUACCCCACUUUUCGAAGGAUCAACCUGGCUGAUGGCAAGUGGCACCGAGUGGCCUACAGUGUCAGGGGUCAGUCGGUCACGCUCUAUCUGGACUGCGUCAAGCUGGAGACCCUGCAGCUGCUCAGAGGUCGCGACCCGCACGUCAGCACCGACGGCGUCACUGUGUUUGGAACACGUCUGCUGGAAGAGGACGUUUUUGAGGGGGACAUCCAGCAGCUGCUGUUGGUGGACGACCCCGCUGCGGCUGAGACCUACUGCCAGGACUUCAUCCCCGACUGCGACUCUGCAUUGCCUUAUGACAGCAUACUGAUGGAUGCCGCCGUGGAGGAGGAGCGACCAGCAAAGAAACACGUGGUGGAGGAGCUGCAAGAGUACGACUUCAGCGACCUCUAUGAGGACGUGCCGGUUUCCACGGUGACCCUCGGUCCCAAUGCCACCGACUACGAGAUUUUCGAGUACGAGGACUACGACAACUCGACAAAUGACCACCAGGUGAACGAGUACGAGUACGAGGACGAAGACGUGGACGAGCGCUACAGGCCGGCAGAGAGGGAAGGAGGAUACGGGAUGGGCACGCAGUUUGUGCCAGAGAAAGGUGAAAAAGGGGAGCCAGCCCUUUUGGGAGUGGGAACACAAAUAGUGGGACCAAUAGGUCCUUACGGAUCUCAGGGACCGGCGGGCCCUUCCGGAAUGACGGGGCCAGUAGGACCUCGAGGAGACCCCGGGGAAUUGGGACCACCAGGGCGGCCCGGCCAAAACGGCGUUGACGGGAUACCGGGACCGCCAGGGAACGUCUUGGUCUUACCGUUUCGGUCGGGCGGGGAUCAAAAAUCUGGUGGCAUCUUUUCGGCUCAGGAGGCACAAGCCCAGGCGAUCCUGCAGCAGACCAAGUUGUCCAUGAAUGGUCCUCCUGGUCCGCUGGGCCUCAGAGGACGACCUGGUCCACUGGGCAACCAAGGUCCAUCAGGCCUGAAAGGGAACAGUGGAGAAAUGGGACCCCCUGGUCCACCCGGAGCGACGGGUAUGCCCGGACAGAAUGGCCGUCUCGGGAAAAGGGGCCGAGCGGGGGCCGACGGCGGGCGCGGCGCUAUCGGAGAGACGGGCGCAAAGGGGGACAGGGGAUUCGACGGCUUGCCCGGUCUACCAGGAAACCAAGGACAUAAAGGCGAGAGGGGCAAGCCAGGGCCGGUGGGUUCUGGAGGAGAGCUGGGAGAAAAGGGUUCUGAGGGGCCGCCUGGACCGAGAGGACAAUCAGGCGAUGCUGGUUCGAGAGGUCUGAAUGGCCCCAGAGGUCGUCCCGGGCCCCCGGGACAGGCGGGCAUUCGGGGAAUCGAUGGGGUUCAAGGUUCCAAGGGAAACAUUGGGGCCCCUGGAGACAUCGGAGCACCUGGACAGCAAGGCAACCCUGGAAUUCUGGGCUUCCCUGGUCCUCAGGGGUUAGUGGGGUUGCCUGGAGACAAGGGCCCUCAAGGGAAGAAAGGGAUGCAGGGCUUACCUGGAAUUGACGGACCUCCAGGCCACCCAGGAAGGGAAGGUACUCCAGGGGAAAAAGGUCUGCCGGGUCCCAUGGGCGUGCAGGGGCCAGUCGGAUACCCAGGACAAAGAGGAGUUAAGGGAGCAGAUGGAGUCCGCGGACUAAAGGGCAGCAAAGGUGAGAAGGGAGAGGACGGUUUCCCCGGCGCCAAGGGGGAGAUGGGAGGCAAAGGGGACGGCGGAGACAACGGCGCUUCGGGAGGACGUGGAGAGGACGGACCCGAGGGACCCAAAGGACAGAUGGGAGCUCAAGGAGAAGCAGGACCUCUGGGUAUUUCUGGAGAGAAGGGGAAACUGGGAGUGCCUGGACUGCCAGGAUAUCCUGGACGACUGGGACCAAAAGGCGGUGAUGGCUUCCCUGGUUCACUGGGACCGCCUGGAGAAAAAGGCAAAAAAGGUCCCUUAGGACCAGCAGGGAGCGCCGGCCAGAGGGGUCCAAACGGAGCACGUGGGGCCAGAGGGGCCAGGGGUCCUACAGGAAAAUCUGGAGAAAAGGGUGCGUCUGGACACGAUGGCCCUCCAGGAUCUUUGGGAGAGAGGGGACCACAAGGACCUACUGGUAGGAGUGGAGAGCCUGGACCGAAAGGAGCGACUGGUCCAGGCGGGAAAGAUGGUCUUCCAGGACACCCGGGUCAGAGAGGAGAGGCGGGAUUCCAAGGGAAGACGGGACCUCCAGGACCCUCUGGAGUGGUGGGGCCACAGGGUAAAUCAGGCGAGCCCGGCCCCACAGGGGACCGAGGCCACCCAGGGGCGCCAGGUGUACCCGGAGAGCACGGUUUGCCUGGAUCAGCUGGCAAGGAAGGCGGAAAGGGUGAUCCAGGUUUACCAGGAACAUCUGGGAAGAACGGCCCCACAGGUCUGAAAGGCUUCAGGGGGAGCAGAGGAGCUCCUGGAAUAAUGGGGCCUCCUGGUCUGAAAGGAGGUUCAGGACCUUCUGGAGCCUCAGGUGCCAUUGGGCCAACCGGCGAGCGAGGUCCUCCUGGGUCAGCAGGUGCCAUCGGACAGCCGGGACGCUCAGGAGCCAUUGGAGGACCCGGACCUAUGGGAGAGAAGGGCGAGCCUGGGGAGAAGGGUCCGAUUGGACCUUCGGGCCAGGAUGGAGAACAGGGACCAGGCGGGAUGCUUGGAGGUGCAGGUUCUGCAGGACCAGCAGGAGACGAUGGAGAUAAGGGCGAGCAAGGAGGACCAGGCCAGAAAGGCAGCAAAGGAGACAAAGGAGAAUCUGGCCCCUCAGGCCCCACUGGCACACAGGGGCCCAUCGGACAGCCGGGACUUCCUGGUCUGGAUGGAGUAGUGGGACCCCGGGGCCAGCAGGGCAUGUACGGCCCGAAAGGAGACGAGGGACUCCGCGGUUUCAAGGGUUUGAGAGGACCGAUAGGUUUACAGGGUAUGCCCGGCCUCCCAGGCGAAAAGGGCGAGAGCGGGCAUGUUGGCCUGAUGGGUCCACCUGGACAACAAGGGCCCAAUGGCGCUCAAGGGCCAAUCGGGGGACAGGGGCCGACGGGUCGAACGGGCAUGAUUGGCCAGCCAGGUGUUGUUGGAGAAAAGGGGGAGGACGGCGAGGCAGGCGAUCCUGGUCCAGUUGGUCUUUCAGGCAAGAUGGGAGACAUGGGUGACCAAGGGGAGAAGGGAGACACCGGUCUCCCAGGAGCCGCUGGCACUCCGGGUGCCCGGGGCACCGCAGGGGAGGACGGAGCCAAGGGCAAUUCUGGUACCAUUGGUGUGACCGGGGACAUUGGGCCGCAAGGCGAAGCUGGACCCAAUGGUGUGGACGGUCUUCCCGGGACCAAAGGAGAUACAGGAGACCCUGGCAAAUCUGGACCACCAGGAGCAACGGGAGAACCUGGACCACCUGGACCUCCUGGGAGAAGGGGACACUUGGGAAAAGUUGGCAAGGAAGGAACAGACGGCCUAAAAGGAACAAAGGGCGCUGCUGGAUUGGAGGGUCCUAUCGGGAAAACGGGGCCAGUCGGUCGUCAGGGGCACUCUGGAAAGCCUGGUCCCCAAGGUCUGAGAGGGAUUCCGGGUCCUGCUGGUGAGCAGGGCUUAAAUGGACCACCCGGCCACACUGGGCCACCGGGUCCAAUGGGUCCCCCGGGCCUAGCAGGACUGAAGGGAGACCACGGCAAGAAGGGGGACAAGGGUCACGGCGGCCUCAUUGGUUUGAUCGGGCCACCUGGGGACAUCGGUGAGAAGGGCGACCGAGGACUACCGGGGAACGAAGGGGUGCCGGGUUCAAAAGGGGAUGAGGGUCCUGUAGGGCCCUCAGGUUCCCUUGGCCCCCCUGGUCCAACUGGUCUAUCUGGUGUUAUUGGAAUAAAAGGUUCCAAAGGAAAUCCAGGUCCAACAGGUCCCAUAGGGGACAACGGACCCGCAGGCCCUCCAGGACCACCAGGCUUGCCGGCGGUGGGCAUGGCCCCCAUGCUGGAGCGAGGGUGGCGCAGGACGAGCGAGGUCUUUGACGGCACCUCACUGGAGGGAGAGGAAGACGCGGAUGACGGGCAGGAGGAGUGGUUCCAGGGGGAUCAGGCGGACCCGGUCGUGUGGCUGAAUGAUGAGGAGGGGAAGGGCAUGGAGGAGGUGUUUGCCUCGCUGUCCUCCAUGAAGGUGGAGGUGGAGGGUCUGCGCACCCCGCAGGGCACCUACCUCAGCCCCGCACGCUCCUGCAAGGAGCUCUGGCUCCUCAAUCCAGAACUUUCUAAUGGUGAGUUCUGGAUCGACCCCAACCAGGGCUGCCAUCGGGACUCCUUCAAGGUGUUCUGCAACUUCACUGCCCAGGGUGAGACGUGUCUGUACCCGGAUAAGAAGUUCCAGUCGGUGAAGCUGGCCGCCUGGAAAGGAGAGCAGCCUGGCACCUGGUACAGUAAAUUCAGGAAAGGAAAAGAGUUUUCCUACUCGGGCUCGGACGGCGUCCCCGUCCACGUGGUCCAGCUGAACUUCCUGAAGCUGCUGAGCGUGAGCGCCAAGCAGACCUUCACCUACCACUGCCUCAACUCGGCCGCCUGGCGGCACGCCGCCACCAGCGGACACCAGCUGGCGCUGCGUUUCCGAGGCAGCAACGGCGAGGAGCUGACGCACGAGACCACGCAUUACAUCAGCGCGCUGUACGACGGCUGUCAGACUCGCUCGGGACAGGAGAGGACGGUGCUGGAACUAAACGCCCCUCUGUCCGACACGCUCCCCAUCGUGGACGUGGCGGUGGCCGAUUUCGGUGACGGAGGCCAGAAGUUCGGCUUCCAGGUGGGGCCGGUCUGCUACGGCGGUUAAGCGCUUGUCGGAGGAGGACUGGCGUUGGACAAAAGAGCGGAAGGGACUCUUUUUAACGUGCAGGGAAAAAAAACAAACAAACGACUUGCCUCAUAUUUAUACGUAUUGAUUUGUUUCUGUCGUUUACACACUGACACACUCCUCAUCCCUCUGCUUCCUCUCGUUCAUGCAUGCACUUCGCUCGCCACAUUCCAACACUUGAACGGGCGCCGCAGGGCGCCGUUGUUAGCUUUAUCCAGUUUGUUGUUGUGUAUUGUCAUCAUCAUGGUGCUAAAGUGUGUCUCUAUGCACAGGUCUUGUCUUUGUAAAUGGGGAAACUGGGGCAGUGCUUUUUUAUUGACAUUCAUAUAUAUAUAUAUAUAUAUAUAUAUAUAUAUAUAUAUAUAUAUAUAUAUAUAUAUAUGGAGAUGUUUUAUAAUUUCAAUCAUUAUGCUCAAUCACUUAUUGUCUUUACAUGAGCAAGUGACUUAGUAUUUGAAUAAAAAAAAAAGUACAUCUUUACUUUAACUCAGGGGUGUCCAAACUUUUUCAACUGAGGCCACACACUGAAAAAGGGUCUCAGUCAAAACAUUUAAAAAAAUAAGUCAUAUACAAUUUUUUUUUUAUUUUUUUUAUUUUGUUCAAUGCUUAAAUCUGUAGAUCAACUACAGGUCUAUGUGGAUAUAAAGUAUUUUUGUUUGUUUGUUUAAUGUUUUAUGCCCUUUUUGUCAAAAAAAUUACUUUGUUUUUUUUAUGCCAAAAACACAAAAUAUACAAUAUUUUUUCCCAAAAAACAUUUUCAAAAUGGAUUUUUUGAUGUAAAGUACUUUGAACCAAAAUAGGUCAACAUUUCAUAACAACAUAGAUUUUAAGUCAUUAGUUUUUAAAGCAAUGACAGUUGAAAAAAAUACCACUAAAAUUCUUGGAGACCCAAAAGGGCCUCAUUCAAAAAAGUGUUAAAAAUAAUUCAUACAUUUAUUUUAUUUUAAACUUUCAACACUUAAGUCUCUAAAUCAAUUUCAGAGUUUUUUGUUUGUUUUAAGCCCUUUUUGCCAAAGAAAACUUAAUUUUUUUUUUAAUGACAAAAACACAAAAUAUACAAUAUUUUCCCCCAAAACAUUUUCACAAUGGAUUAUUUAAUGUAAAGUACUUAGAGCCCUAAAUAGGUCAACAUUACAUAACAACAUAGAUUUAAAGUCAUUAUUUUUUAAGCAAUGACAGUUAAAAAAAAAUGCCACAACAAUUCUUGGGACCCAAAAGGGCCUCAUUCAAAAAAGUAUUAAAAAUAAUUGCUACAUGUAUUUAUUUAUUUUUUAAACUUUCAACACUUAAGUCUCUAAAUCAACUUCAGAUCCUUCCGUCAAUUUUAAGUUUGUUUUAUGCUCUUUUUGCCAAAGAAAACUUUGGUCUUUUUUAUGACAAAAACACAAAAUAUGCAAUAUUUUCCCCCAAAACAUUUUACAAUGGAUUAUUUAAUGUAAAGUACUUAAAGCCCUAAAUAGGUCAACAUUUCAUAACAACUUAGAUUUAAAGUCAUUAUUUUUUAAGCAAUGACAGUUAAAAAAAAUGCUACAAACAUUCUCGGGGCCUCAUUCAAAAAAGUAUUAAAAAUAAUUCAUACAUUUAUAUUAUUUUAUUUUAAACUUUCAACAUUUAAGUCUCUAAAUCAACUUCAGAGUUUUUUGUUUGUUUUAAGCCCUUUUUGUCAAAGGAAACAUCUUUUUUUUUUAUAUGGCAACAACACAAAAUAUACAAUAUUUCCCACAAAAACUAUUUCAAAGUGGAAUAUUUGAUGUGAAGUCAUUGGAGCCUUAAAUAGGUCAAUAAUUUAUAACAUUGACUUUGAUUCAUUAUUAUUAUUUGAGCAAUGACAGUUUCAAAAAACAGUCUCCAUGGAAACUGAGUUAUUAGAGUCAACAUUGCGACAUUUUCUCCUUACAUUUCCCCUGUUUGCCCUUUUAUUCCACUUUUUAAUGUUUUUGUUGUUGUUUUUUUUAGCACUAUCACUGCCCCCGGGCCGCCCUUUGGACACCCCUGGUUUAAUUUAAAGGGGAACAUUAUCACCAGACCUAUGUAAGCGUCAAUAUAUACCUUGAUGUUGCAGAAAAAAGACCAUAUAUUUUUUUAACCGAUUUCCAAACUCUAAAUGGGUGAAUUUUGGCGAAUUAAACGCCUUUCUAAUAUUCGCUCUCGGAGCGAUGACGUCACAACGUGACGCCACAUCAGGAAGCAAUCCGCGAUUUUCUCAAACACCGAGUCAAAUCAGCUCUGUUAUUUUCCGUUUUUUCGACUGUUUUCCGUACCUUGGAGACAUCAUGCCUCGUCGGUGUGUUGUCGGAGGGUGUAACAACACGAACAGGGACAGAUUCAAGUUGCACCAGUGGCCCAAAGAUGCGAAAGUGGCAAAAAAAUUGGACGUUUGUUCCGCACACUUUACCGACGAAAGCUAUGCUACGACAGAGAUGGCAAGAAUGUGUGGAUAUCCUGCGACACUCAAAGCAGAUGCAUUUCCAACGAUAAAGUCAAAGAAAUCUGCCGCCAGACCCCCAUUGAAUCUGCCGGAGUGUGUGAGCAAUUCAGGGACAAAGGACCUCGGUAGCACGGCAAGCAUGGCGGCAGUUUGUUCCCGCAGACGAGCGAGCUAAACCCCCUGGAUGUCUUGGCUUACACCGGCCCUUAAACUGGACAGAUCAGCUUUCAGGAAAAGAGCGCGGAUGAGGGUAUGUCUACAGAAUAUAUUAAUUGAUGAAAAUUGGGCUGUCUGCACUCUCAAAGUGCAUGUUGUUGCCAAAUGUAUUUCAUAUGCUGUAAACCUAGUUCAUAGUUGUUAGUUUCCUUUAAUGCCAAACAAACAAAUACCAAUCGUUGGUUAGAAGGCGAUCGCCGAAUUCGUCCUCGCUUUCUCCCGUGUCGCUGGCUGUCGUGUCGUUUUCGUCGGUUUCGCUUGCAUACGGUUCAAACCGAUAUGGCUCAAUAGCUUCAGUUUCUUCUUCAAUUUCGUUUUCGCUACCUGCCUCCACACUACAACCAUCCGUUUCAAUACAUGCGUAAUCUGUUGAAUCGCUUAAGCCGCUGAAAUCCGAGUCUGAAUCCGAGCUAAUGUCGCUAUAGCUUGCUGUUCUAUGCGCCAUGUUUGUUUGAGUUGGCUUCACUAUGUGACGUCACAGGAAAAUGGACGGGUGUAUAUAACGAUGGUUAAAAUCAGGCACUUUGAAGCUUUUUUUAGGGAUAUUGCGUGAUGGGUAAAAUUUUGAAAAAAACUUCGAAAAAUAAAAUACGCCACUGGGAACUGAUUUUUAAUGGUUUUAACCCUUCUGAAAUUGUGAUAAUGUUCCCCUUUAACGCUGCCACGUGUAGCGUUCUAAAGAAAAGCCCGCAGCCAUCCAAACAUGGCAACAACAACAACGUGUUUGCCACUUUGAGGUACUUUUUUUUUUUCUUGUAGAACUCCCCCUCACCGUUUAUACAGUCGAACAAACGCCGAAUGAUUUCAUACUUGGAAUAGUUUAUUUGUAUAGGAGCGCUAACUGUUACUGCACUGAGCAUCACCCUCAUGUAUUUGGAGCGAGACAAUAAAUGAGUCCAAUGAA